AUGGCAUCUACCAGCGCCCACCCCUUCCCGGCCAAAAGCGCCGCCAUCGCGCCCAUCGAAGUCGACACGGCGCCCCAGAUCCGCCGCAGCUUCGCGGCCUCCCGCAGCGACGAAAUCGGCGACGCUGGAAAUGCGACGUCGGUUGCGCAUGGAGCGCCGGAGCUGGUUGCGAGCGGGUAUGGGAGCAUGACGACGGAGGAGGCGCCGGUGGUGGAGGAGAGGCCGAAGAGGACGUGGUUUCGUUAUAUCAAGACGAGGGAUUUUUGGAUCGUGCUUGUGCUUGGGCAAAUCCUCGCUCUGUGCAUCACAAGCACCAACACCUUCUCUGCUCUGCUGGCCGGCAAGGGAACCAGCAUUCCCGCUUUCCAAACGCUCUUUAACUACAUUCUUCUCAACCUCGUCUACACGAGCAUCACCAUCUAUCGCUACGGGCUCAAAGGCUGGAUGCAGCUGCUGUACAAAGACGGCUGGAAAUAUUUCAUCCUCUCCUUCCUCGACGUCGAAGGAAACUACUUCUUCGUCCUCGGCUACCGCUACACCACCAUCCUCUCCGCCCAACUCAUCAACUUCUGGGCCAUCGUAGUCGUCGUCGCCAUCUCGCUCAUCUUCCUCAAGGUGCGCUACCACCUAACCCAAUACCUCGGGAUCCUCGUCUGCUGCGCCGGCAUGGGCAUCCUGCUCGCCUCGGACCACAUCACGGGCUCCAACGGCGGCGAAGCGGCCAACCAGCUCAAGGGAGAUCUUUUUAUUCUGCUCGGGGCCACGUUCUAUGGACUUAGCAACUGCUUCGAGGAGUUUCUGGUUAGCAAACGGCAUAUGUAUGAGGUUGUGGGCCAGAUUGGGUUCUGGGGUACGAUCAUUAUUGGCGUGCAGGCUGCUAUCUUCGAUCGUGGGUCGUUUCAGACCGCGGUCUGGGACGGGCAGGUGGGUGGGUACCUCGUUGGAUACACACUCAUCCUCUCGCUGUUCUAUUCGCUUGCGCCGCUCGUUUUCCGCUUGGCGAGCGCGGCCUUCUUCAAUAUUAGCUUGCUCACGGGCAAUUUCUGGGGCGUGGUCAUUGGGACUGAGGUUUUUGGGCUGUCGGUCCAUUGGAUGUAUCCCAUUGCGUUUGUGCUGAUUAUUCUGGGGCUGUUUGUAUACUUUAUGAGCGAGACUGUGCUCGGGGAGGCGAAGAAGCCUUGGUUGGGAGUGAACCAGGAGGCAGGAGUUGCGGGCAUUGGCACGGCGAAGAGGAGAGUUGAGAGGCCCGAUGCGAUUGUUUAG